GCUGAGGAGCACUGAAGCCCUGCUGCCCCAGCCCCAGGAGAGAACUGCAUUCACUCUUACUCCUGCUGGGACCAACUAAUUGGCAGUGCCAGUAACGUCAGCUUUACUCAAACACGAGGCAUAUCUAUAAAUAUUUGAAGAAGAAUGGAACAUGCACUGUCCCUCUGAACGCGUCACAGACGUCUUUCAGACUCCUGGACAAGAUUUUGGAGCAGCCUAAGAGACUUCUCCAGGAAACUUACUGCAGGUUUUCUAUGGCCUCCAACAUUUAAAGUAAACAUCCAGGGGCUUGGGGAGAUUUCUCCACUUAAGAAGACUGCUCAGCCUGGAUCUGUAGUCUCAUCGACUUGGCAAAUAGAUCUGGCAAAAGUUUUGCGGGCCAUCUGGUAAACCAAAUGCAACACCUUCUCGUUUAGAAAGGAGAAACCUGUUGAACAACGUGCUGUGUGACAGCGCUUUGCAGCACGGCCUGGGGCUUUCGCUCAGUGCUGCGCAGCAAGAAGAAUGAAGGAAAUACACGUUGUCACGAGGAGCUUUUGCUGCCCUGGUCAGCAGCCGUACUGACAGAGGCUGCCACUGCAGAAAGCUGUUCCUAGGAGUUGCAUCCCUCAGAAAACCCCUUUUUGUUGCUGCACGAAGGAGAUAUGAGAAAUGAGUGUUGGACGCAGAAGAUUAAAGCUGCUGGGAAUUCUGAUGAUGGUAAACUUUUUUAUCUAUGUGAUUGUGGAAGUCUCAAAAAGUGGCAGCCAAGAGAAGAAUGCAGAAGACCGUGUUAUUAUACCACAGGACAAAUUCUGGAGAAAAUUUACCCCUCACAAAGCCUAUUGGAACAGGCAGCAACAGAAGCUUGAACUGCUGUACAACCCAAUUCUGAGUCUGCUUUCCAAUAUGACUGUGGAAGAGAACUUAAUUUUGAACUCAAGUGUUCUCAAUUCCUGCGACCCCGACCCGUGGGUCGCUUCAGAGAUCAGCGACUUUGCGAGUUUGCCAGAAAGGUUCAAAGACUUCCUCCUCUAUUUGAGGUGUAGAAAUUACUCAUUAAUAAUGGAUCAGCCAAACAAGUGCAAACAUAAACCUUUUCUGCUGCUGGCUAUUAAGUCACUUAUACCACAUUUUGAUAGAAGGCAAGCAAUUAGGGAAUCCUGGGGCAAGGAAAUAAAAUCGGGAGAUAUAACGGUCAAAAGAGUCUUCUUACUUGGUCAGACCCCACCGGAGGAUCAUUUUCCCAACCUUACAGACAUGGUAAAAUUUGAGAGCGAAACUCACAAAGACAUUCUCCUCUGGAACUACAGAGACACUUUCUUCAAUUUAACUCUGAAAGAGGUACUGUUUCUGAAGUGGGUGAGCAGCAGUUGUGCGGAUGUCCAGUUUAUUUUUAAGGGCGAUGACGACGUAUUUGUGAAUACCCAUCAGAUCCUGGAUUACUUGAAGAGUUUAUCAAAGGACAAAGCCAAAGACUUGUUUGUAGGUGAUGUGAUCAAAGAUGCUGGACCUCAUAGAGAAAAAAAAUUGAAGUACUACAUCCCAGAAAGUGUUUAUGAAGGUUCGUAUCCUCCGUAUGCAGGAGGUGGUGGGUUUCUGUACUCUGGUGACCUGGCAUUGAGACUGAAUAAUGCAUCUGACCAGGUACUCCUGUAUCCUAUUGAUGAUGUUUAUACUGGAAUGUGCCUUCAGAAGCUUGGGCUUGCUCCAGAGAAACACAAAGGUUUCAAAACAUUUGAUAUUGAAGAGAAAUACAGAAAUAACAUAUGUUCCUACACAAAUUUAAUGUUAGUGCAUAGUAGAAAUCCUCAAGAAAUGAUUAAGAUUUGGACAAGCUUGCAAGAUCCACACUUAAAUUGCUAGAGCAAUGUGCAUAAAUACUUUAUGUCCAAAUAAGUUUCCAAGUUUGAAUCUGGCUUUCUUGGUGAGCCACUGGAGCUCUGUUUAAUUGUUCUAUUCAAAUUUUCUCAAGAAACUUUCUUCACAUACAUCUGAAAAGCGGCAGUAGUCAUACUGAGAGGAUGGCACAAAGACUUGGUCCUGUUUUUCCACUGUCCUGGUGGUCAUUAUGUUUCAGUAGCAGUCUAAACAUUAAAGAGGACUGGAACUAACUAGCUGUCAGCUACUGAUGCCUGCUGCAGAGCAUCUUUCAUUAAUUGCGAUGGUAACAGGUGCGUUCUUUUUCCUUGAGUUGUGUUUGUGUGUGGAGACCACUGUAACUUUGAAACUCACAAAUUGGAGGAGUGCUGUUUUACUCUAUAAAACAUUUUUAUGGAACUUCAAUUAUUGAUAUAUAUUUUUUUUUAAUUUGUAGUUUCCAGUCUUUAUGCACCCUGGACAACUAUCUUCUCCUUUACGUGCAGUCUUUUGUGCAAAGUAUGCCUGUGUCUGAAGGAUUUACCCUUUUAUUAGAUGUGUUGUUUGUUUUGUUUUUUAAUAAAAGAAGACAUAAUAUGGUUUCAAACACCCCAUGAAAGAUCUGAAUAUGUAAGGGAAAGAAGGAACAAGUUCUGUUUGUGCCUGGUACAGCUCUGCUGCUGCCUACCCUGAGCUUACACACACGGUAAUGCUGACAUUGUUACUCACAGUAUCUCUGUGAAAGCUACUCUGAUCCAUCCUUGUUCUCUGCUUUGGCACUAAAAGUGAUCAGGUAGCUGAUUAACAGUAACCAAAAUUGCACAUUGCUUCUAAGAGCAUGGUUUGGAUCUCCUGUAAAGCCGUAGCAAGUGUAGGAUUGUGCAGUUCCUAACAGGUUUGAAUUUUGAAAUAAAAUUUGAAGUUGCAUGAUGUCUCAUGUAGAGUUAAACAUGUUCUCAAAUCUCAGAUUUUCUUCUGUAUUUCCACAUCUUGCUUAUGAGAGCUAUUCUAAGUAGUAUUGCUUCCUUUGUAUAUGUAAAGUGCCUGUCUAUUUAUUGUUCAGAUGGAAGACCAAAACAUUUUCUUAAAUAUAUUUUGUGUAACAUUUUAUUUGUAUAGUGUUGUCACUCAGAUAUUUAAAUAGAGCAUGAUAUUUUAAACCUGUGAGAUGUGUAAUGUUAAAUAAAGCUAAUUGUUAUUUUUGAAUUUGAAAAAUAAAAUGUGAUUUAAAUA